AUGUCGUACUCGGGAGAGCUUGAAGAUGAUGGGAUAUUCGAGGGUGACGCCAUGUCCAUGCGAGCGGAACAGGAUGGGGAUGAGCCUGCCGUCGACACUAGAAAGCGCAUUCAGGAAUGGGUCUCAACUCUUGAUGAGACUGCAGAUCAGGCCAACGCCAUACCCGGCAGUAAAUCACGUGUG